AUGGGUCUCGUCUCUCUUCCCUUCAAAUGCAAUAUUUUGCAGACGUUAAUUUCAAUGUUUCAGAAUAGCAGACGAACAGCAGACGAUACCACGGUUUAUGGGAGCAGCAGACGAUACCACGUUUCUAUCUAUCUAUCUAUCUAUCUAUCUAUCUAUCUAUCUUUCUUUCUUUAUUUUUUCCUUUUUCUUCUUCCCCAUAAUACUUUCAUUCUUUUAUUUCCUUUUUUCUCUACUUUUUUCUUUCUUUCUUUUUGUAUGUGUUUUUUUUAUUCUGUUUACAUUUUGUCGUCUGCUUUUUUUUUCUUUCUUUCUUUCUUUUUUUCUUUCUUUCUUUCUUUCUUUCUUCCAUAUCCUUUCCUCCCACCUGAACGAUAUUAUACAUCAUUGAUUCUUUCUUUUUUACCCGCCGAAACACUUCUUCUCACUCAUUCCACCAUUCACAGUUUAGCCACCCCACUGACACCUCCUCCUCCUCCACCACCUUCUUCUUCUUCUUCUUCUUCUUCUUCUUCUUCUUCUUCUUCUUCUUCUUCUUCUUCUUCUUCUUCUUCAACUGUUCUUUUUGUCGACUUUCCGUUAUUCCGUGUCUUCCUUCUUUCUUUCUUUCUUUCUUUAUUUCUUCUUAUAUGCUUGAAACCUCUACUGUUUUUGUUCUGCUGUUUGAAAUAUCGUAAUUUCCUUCCUUCUUUCCUUCCUUCCUUCUUUCAUUCCUUCCUUGAAAUGCCUUCCUUUCUUUGUUUUACUGCUUGA